AUGAAUAUUGUUAAGGCAAUUAGAUAAGCUUUCUAAUUUUCAAGAGUCAGAUAUUUUGUUUAAUAGAAUGAUCCUAUAAUUAAUGCUGAUUAUCUUGACUCUAAAUAAUUCAAAAUUCCUAAUGUUGGUUCCAACACUCAAAAAAUUACUGAGGAUGGAGAAAAUUGUAAAGUUACUGUUUAAGGAUAAGAGGUCAAAUCUUCUGAAAAGUAAAUUUCAAUUUAUUUUCUUAUCUUUUAGAUUGCGAAUCAAUGUAAAAGUGAAAAAUUGUAAAGAAAUUAAUGGAAUCAUUGCAUAUAUUUGAUGCUGAUUAUAUAAAUUCAUUAAACAUACC